AUGAACGAUCGGCAGCGUAAGCGUGUGGGGUACUGGCUGUUUCUAUGCGCUGGGAUGUGCUAUGGAGCUGUAGCUAUUGGCGGUCUCACUAGAUUAACGGAGUCUGGUUUGAGUAUGGUGAAUUGGGAUUUGUUCCGGACGAUGAAGCCUCCAUUAAGUCAGAAGGAGUGGGAAGAGGAAUUUGAACGUUAUAAAAUGUUUCCUGAAUAUAAGUUCAAGGCUUCAAAUGAAGAGAUGACUAUGUCACAAUUCAAAUUCAUUUGGCAUAUGGAAUACGGUCAUCGCAUGUGGGGGCGUGCUAUUGGAAUUGUGUUUUUCUUGCCUUGUGCAUACUUCUGGGCUCGUGGAUACUUCCCUACAACAAUGAAGAGGCGGAUGGCAAUUGCGGCGGCACUCAUUCUUGCACAGGGUGGCAUCGGCUGGUGGAUGGUGAAAUCGGGUUUGGAUCCUUCGAAUAAUUCCGACACCAAUGUUCCACGAGUUUCUCAAUAUCGACUAGCAACCCAUCUUACCAUGGCUUUCCUGCUUUAUUCACUUUUCUUGUACAAUGGAAUUAGUCAUUUCGUAACACCACAGGUUCAAUUGACAAACCUACCUAAAUUCGGCAUGUUACGAGGUCUAUCACAUAGUGCCAAGGCACUCGUUUUCUUCACUGCGUUCAUGGGGGCUUUUCGUAGCGGAUGGAUGUGUCUGGGUUUAUAA